UUAAACGGAAAUCAGUCGAUCACAAUUGCAUGCUCUAUAAUCAUCACAUUGCCCGACUGGUCAAAUAAAACCUUCAAUAUCAUCAGGUGCUUCUGCAAUGGGUCUCAAGUUUAUUCCAGCUGAGGGGGUCCUCGUUUGCCUCCCUUAGGUGAAUAACUACAUUCACACACGAGCUUCACCAUGGACUCCCACCGAUUCUUCGGAGGCCUUCGAAGCCACACCUUGAGAUCACUCUACUACGAAAUCCUCUCCUUGCACCCAUAUCCAGUUUGCGAACUCCUAUCUCAUUGAGACAAGGAUCGCAAUAUCUUAGUCACGCCGUGAUUUUGCCUCCAAGAAAUUAAAGGCUACUCAGCUCAUCAAAAUGAGCACGCACACAUUGAACAAGAAGUCCUGGGAGUCCCUCUCUUCGACUUUCUCCAACCUCGAAAUAUCCGUUUCCCAGGACAGCUGUUACGCCUCGGACGAGCUCUCCAUCAGUCCGACCAAUCCUAUCACUGCUGGCACGUCGCUAGCCUCCUCCUUUACGCCAGCCCGCCAGGAUUCUCUGCACUCGCUAUUGAAGCCCAUUUUGAAGAGGCCGUAUUCUGAUAUUGAGGAAGAUGAGGAACCUGAGUCUGGCUACGGAACAGACGAUUCUGACUACGAUUACGCUUCUGUGUCCGAUGAACAUGACGACGAAAUGUAUGCGGUUUCCACAUGGGACGAGGCCUCGGAUGUCUCCGAUGCCAUGUCGGAAACAUGCGAUGACGAUGGUGAAUCAGUGGACGGUUCAUUCAUUUCGUUCGAAUCCGUGGUGCGUUUCGACACCAACGUGCGUUAUAUUGAGGCGCCAGAGCCCCAGGAAGAAGAGAUCGAGACACCGCGAACCGAAUUAACCUGCCAUGAAUUAAUGGAAAUGGCGAGGGCAUCUGGCACUCUUCGGCUCCAGGGUGAACAAGCCGCCAAGUCUGACUCGAGUGAGAAAACGCUGGAACAUGAUGACCUUGGUGAUUCAAUCAAGCAAUGGCCAGAGGAACACCCGAGUGAUAUUGUCGACUUGGACAAGAGACUAUUCAUUGCCUACAUCAACGGCAUCAACGGAAUUGCCGACCCCGGAUACAAAGCGCGUCUCCGCGAAAGAAUUGAUGAUAUCAGAAAGGGACAUGCGCAAUCUCCAUACCUGGAGUCUGAUAACGCGCAAGGGGUGUACCUAGAUAAUGUACUGAACCACGUCCUGGGUACAUUCCGCAACAUUAUUGUUCAGGAGGAGCUUGACGAACUGGCCACUCUCACUGAGCGAAGGGAAGCCCGGCAACAGAGCGAGGCGACUGAAGGACUCGGUAACGAGCUACUGGAUAAGAUUGAACAUCUUCUUUCUGAGAGACUGGCAGGAAAUGAUGUCGAAAUCGGCCAGGAUGAGCUAAGCUUUUUCGCUGGCGGCGUUGCUUAUGCUCUUCAGAAUUGGGCCUCGUAUACAUCACACUGAACAAGGCUUCGUGGACCAGAAGCUCUUCUACGAUGUUUGAUGAAUGAAAAAAAU